UUAUUUUUCACCUCCAAAGCCAACAUCUCACAUUUUUGUUCUCUCUUCAGAAGUUUGUUAAAAAGCGAAACCAAAACCGAAACUGAAAGAGGAUGGUGGUGUUUUGUUUUCUGGUGGAUCAGAAGAGGCAAGUGCAGGGGAGCAAGCCGGCGGCGGGAAUAUGCUCGCGGUGCGGCGGAGGAGCGAGCGUGGCGGACAUGAAGACCGCUACAAGAUUCUGCUACGUCCCGUUUUAUUGGAAAUCUUGGAAAGCAAUCAUAUGUACUUUCUGUGGAGCUAUUCUUCGAUCUUACCGAUAGAUUAUUGGCUAUUUUGCAUGUUUCUCCUAGCAAAAGGGGUAAUUCGUACUCUCUUGCUUGUUAUGGUUGCUUUGCAUCAAACUUACACAUCAUGGAUAGCUAGCUAGUAAGGUCUUUAAUUUAAGGGAACUUUAACGAAAAACUCCUGGUACUGUUCACUUUAGUGAAAAACCACAUUUUUGUACUAAAAAGUCAAUCAUGUACUAUUCACUUUACCCUUUAUUUUGUCAUUUUCGUUAAAACUCAAAGUUUUCAAUCAUUUUUCAUUAGUUUUUCCUUAAUUUAAUGAUUAUUUUGAUGGAUAUCCAUAAUUAUUUUAUUUUUCAUA